GUGCUAUUUCAGAGACUUCAAACACCAUAUAUAAACUGAAUAUUCAUUUAUAUACGACUUAAAAGGAGAUAUAGAUAGGGCAUCACACGCAUUAUAUAGUGUUAUUCAGACAUUUUUCAAAAAUAAUAAUGCUUGGGCGGUAUUUGACUACAUGUUUGACUGUUGGCAUAGUAAUCCUUUCCUCGUUUGAUAUGAUACAAAGUGGAUUGCUUGGCAAUAGAGCGAUUAAGAAUCUUAUCAAAAGACGAAACAGAACCUCAAUAAAAGCACGUACAGAAGCAAUACUGACGACCGGAUCAGUGUUGCCAAAAUCAAACGAAAGACUAGCUCUAAAUAAUACUGUAUUUGAGGAUGAUGUGUCAUAUGCAGUGGAAAAACCGCUUGACUUACCGUCCUGCGAUCAUUCGGAUAUCUUCUCGACAGAUCCACUGCGGGACGAAUGUUUUUACUUGAGGUGCGAUAUUGCCUCUGGAAAAUAUGUCCGAAGAAGAUGCCCAUCAAGCAUGUCAGUUCCAUCAUAUUAUAUGCAAAAUAAAGAUGGAGAGAGAAGUACAAGAGAAGUCACACACUUACCUUGCAUAAUGCCGAGCAGUAAAUGUCGCCCAAGUUUAGUAAAACAGGGUGUCGAGCGCCCCGUCGUGAUGGCGUGU